AUGUACCUGGUCACUAUGCUGGGGAAUCUGCUCAUCAUCCUGGCCAUCGGCUCUGACUCCCGUCUGCACAGCCCCAUGUACUUCUUCCUCUCCAACCUGUCCAUGGCUGACAUUGGCUUUUCUUCUACCACCGUCCCAAAGGUGAUUUGGGACAUUCAAACUCAUAGCAGAGUCAUCUCCUAUGCUGGCUGCCUGACUCAGUUGUCUUCUUUAAAUUUUUUUGGAUGUUUGGACAGUGCACUCCUAACUGUGAUGGCCUACGAUCGGUUUGUUGCUAUCUGUUAUCCCCUGCACUACCUGGAUAUCAUGAACCCCCAUUUCUGUAGCCUGCUGCUUCUGGUGUCUUUUUUGAUCAGCAUUUUGGACUCCCAACUGCACUGUUUGAUGAUAUCACAGCUUUCCUUUUGCACAAACAUGGAAAUUCCUCACUUCUUCUGUGACCCUCCUCAACUCCUCAAGCUUGCCUGUAAUGAUACCUCUACUAAUAAAAUAUUAGUCUAUUUUAUUGGGGCCAUCUUUGGUGGCAUUCCAGUCUCAGGUAUCUUGUUCUCUUACUAUAAAAUUGUUUCCUCCAUUCUGAGAAUCUCAUCGUCAGGUGGAAAGUAUAAAGCCUUCUCCACCUGUGGUUCU